AUGGACAGUUCUGGAAUGGUUCUCUUGCUAGCAAGAGUGAUGGCUAAAGAUAUGGUGGACCCUACAGUGGACCUCACCGUAAAGAUUUUGACCAAAAAGGGUGUACUGUCUGAAGAGACUGAGAACAAUAAUCAUAGCUCGCCGAAAUGGACCCUGACAGCCAUGGAGAAGUACAUGAGAGAUGAGAGUGAAUCCAGUGUUGCUCUCGGGCUUCUUCCAGAAUUGCACACACCCCAUCCCGGACUGCACCACAUUCACAAUGCACCAACCUACAAUGGUGACGUCGCAGAAAGUGGUGAAGAAAGUAGCCCUUCUUGGGCAUCGAGCAGCACCGGAAAUACCCCUUCGUAUGGCAGUGGUGGAGUGAGUUUCGAUUUCAACUCAAAAAGGGAUGAGUCCUACGACAAAAUAGCUCCAGUGAUUACCACCACUAGUUGUACACCAAAAUCUACUCCAGAAAAUACUGCACGCCGCAGGAAUCCCAGCGAUCCGGUGUCCCUAAGUGCAGACCUUUUGGCUGCUCUAAAUAGUGACCUUGAACUGUCUUUGACAAAACCCAGGAAAUCUCGGAAAGACUCUGGAAGCAGUAUCAAAAGUGAAGAUAAAGUUACGUUAGAAACACCCACCAAAACCAGCAAGUUGGUGAAACUGUUGAGGAGGACACGCAGUGCCGGUUGCUCUAAAGAUGUACCAUCGAAUCCUACGUUCAUGAAAGAGAAAACGGUAAGUGUUUAA